AUGUCCGAAUACAAGCGUCCCAUUUCCAUUAUUGAUUUCCAAUUGGCCAUCAGAGAUUCCUCGGAUGAGCAAUUGGCACUUAUAUUAGAGAGGCUAGAAAAUUCAGUGGCUAGACUGAAAGACUCGAAUAAGUUGAUGGAGUCGUUAAUGAAGAAGGAGAAGAAACAGAAUUAUGACGGAGAAGAGGACGAUGAGUUUGGUCCUGUAACGGAAGAUGAUGUUAAAAUAUACAGAGACAGUAUAGCGGAAAACAUGGUUGUGAUGAAUAACCAACAAGAGAGAAUAGAGAUAUUGAGGGAGGAACUGAAGAAUCGGAACCUCCAUCGACAGGUUCCAUUGGACGAUUCUGCUUCUGAUCGACCUUUUCAGGGCAUGUCUCCAAACAAGUACGAUUCCACUACUAUACCAAUGAGUACGGACAAUGAUGUUUAG